AAGUAAAGGUCAGAUCAUUCAAGCAGACAGGUUUAUACGAAGAGGACAAUCUCUAGUGUCUCUGUCUCUGCCUGUAACCAAAGACAUGGUGCCAUCCUUCCGCUUUGUGGCUUAUUAUCAUGUGGGAUCGUCUGAGGUGGUGUCUGAUUCAGUCUGGGUUGACGUGAAGGACACAUGCAUGGGAACGCUUAAAGUGGAAGUUCACGAUCCGGUCGAUGUGUAUGAGCCAGGUAAAGACUUUAGCCUAAGCAUAACAGGAGAUCCUGGGGCUAAAGUUGGGUUGGUGGCUGUGGAUAAAGGUGUCUAUGUUCUGAACAAUAAGAACAGGAUAACUCAAACAAAGAUCUGGGAUGUUGUUGAGUCACAUGACAUUGGCUGCACAGCAGGAAGUGGAAAAGACAGCAUGCAAGUCUUCAGCGAUGCCGGCCUGCUGUUUGAGUCCAGCUCUGCUGGAGGCACUGAUGUCAGGACAAAUAAUCAAUGCCAAUCUUCAUCACAAAGAAAAAGACGAGAUAUAACCUCAAUAGUUCUUCUGCGUUCUCUAUCGAACAAAUACUCUGGCAUUGAGAAAGAAUGCUGUUUGGAUGGAUUGAAGAAUAUUGAGGAUUUGAGCAUCACCUGUCAGUAUCGGGCAUCUUUCAUUGUGGAUGGAGAGGAGUGCAGACAGGCUUUCCUGCACUGCUGCAAUGUGAUAGCCGACCAUCGCGUAAAGUCAGUUGAAGAACAGAUUCUAGCCCGCAGUGAAUGCGAGGAGUUUGUCAAUUCGGAUGACAUUGUGACACGUUCACUCUUCCCUGAAAGUUGGCUUUGGGAGGAACUGGUUUUGCCCAAAUGUUCCUCAAUGAACCGCCAGUGUCAAACAACCACCUUACCCAGGAAUGGACUCAAGCUGAAAGACUCUAUAACAACCUGGGAAAUUACAGCCAUCAGCUUGUCCAGCACUCAUGGUAUCUGUGUGGCAGAUGUCCAUGAGAUGACAGUGGUGAAAAACUUCUUUAUUGACCUAAAGCUGCCAUAUUCAGCUGUGCGCAACGAGCAAAUUGAAAUCAAGGCCAUUAUCCACAACUUGUACAGCAAAAAAUUAAAGGUACGCGUGGAACUGAUGGAAACCAAAGACAUCUGCAGCCCGGCUAGCAAGCGGGGAAAGUUCUCUACCACUGUGACAGUAGAUGCCAAAUCAUCAUACUCUGUACCUUUUGUGAUCGUGCCAUUAGCUUUUGGACGCCACGCCAUUGAAGUGAAGGCAGCUGCUGCAGGACGUGGCAGUGAUGGAGUGAAGAAAGAUCUCCUAGUGGUGUCUGAAGGUGUUUUGACCAAACUUAAUGAAAAUCUACAAUUCAGUCCUUCUAAGAAAGGUGGUGAACAUUUAGAGGUUAUCAAGAGCCUUAUAUUGAGGGACCAGGCGCCCAACACACCUGCAAACACAUAUGUAUCUGCAAUAGGAGAUACAAUCAGUAUAACAAUAGAGAAGGCUAUUAGUGGUCAGGCCAUGGGUUCCUUGAUUAUCCUGCCUGGUGGCUGUGGGGAGCAGAACAUGGUUGGCCUAACAUUGCCUGUCAUUGCAACACAUUACUUGGACAAAACUAAACAGUGGCAUACAGUGAAGGCUGGGCUUAGAGAGACAGCUGCUAUGUACAUCAUGAGAGGUUACAAUCAACAGCUGGCAUAUCGUAAAAGUGAUGGGUCCUAUGCUGCAUAUUUAAGUCGUCCAAGUAGCACCUGGCUGACAGCAUAUGUUGCUAAAGUAUUUGCCAUGGCCAGUAACAUUGUAAACAUCGAGCGCAAUGUGAUCUGCUCUGCUCUCAAGUGGCUCAUACUGAAUAAGCAGUUACCUGAUGGUGUUUUCAGAGAAGAUGCCCCAGUAAUUACGGGAGGAAUGACUGGGAAUGUACAUGGGGAAAAUUCUCAAGCAUCCAUGACUGCUUUUGUGCUCAUUGCCCUGCAGGUGGGGAAAGCCCUUUGUGUCGACCAAAUCUCAAGUCUUGACAGUAGCAUAAAUAAAGCCAUUGUAUACCUCAAAUCUCAGUUUCAUGGUCUGACAAAUCCUUACGCAGUGGCAAUGACAUCGUAUGCUCUUGCCAAUGGAAAUUCACUUGACAAACAAGUCCUACUGAGAAAAGCCUCUGCAGAUGGAAGUCACUAUCCUGUCCCUGGAAGCAAUAGCUUUACUUUAGAGGCUUCGGCCUAUGCACUUUUGGCUCUCGUAAGAGCUCAAGACUUCCAGAGUGCAGCUCCUAUCGUAAACUGGCUCAAUGACCAGAGGCAGUACAACGGAGGAUAUGGCACGACUCAGGCCACCAUCAUGGUGUUUCAGGCUGUAGCAGAGUACAGGAUUCAAGUGAAAGAUAUGAGGCAGUUGGACCUGGAGAUGACGAUCCGAGUCGAUGGCAGCCGGCAGCCGAUUGUGUGGAAGUUCAGCAAAGAUGAAUCUUAUCUGGCACAAACAGAAAAGAUUUCAUCCAACAGGCAAAUCACAAUCAGUGCUAAGGGUUCUGGAGAGGCCUCUGUAACUGUUGUGACUGAGUACUAUGCAAAACCAAAAGAAAGCAAAACCACUUGCAAAAACUUUGAGCUUGCUUUGGCUUUAGAAAGGGCUAAUACAGUAACAUAUCAAGGAGCAACUGAGAGUUACAGACUCAUUAUCAGUACCAGAUAUCUGUCUGCUGACAGAGAUGCCACCAUGUCUAUAUUGGACAUAUCAUUACUGACAGGAUUUGUUGUGGAUGAGAAUGAUCUUAAGGCGUUGUCAAUUGGACAUGACAGGAUGAUUCAGAAAUUUGAGAUGAACAAGCAGCUUUCAGAGCGAGGAUCCCUCAUCCUCUACCUGGACAAGAUUUCUCAUACCAGGGAAGACAGGAUUUCAUUCCGGCUGCACAGAAUAAUGAAUGGAGGCUUCCUUCAACCAGCAGCUGUCACUGUAUAUGAAUACUACUCCUUAGAAAAUCGCUGUGUGAGGUUUUAUCAUCCAACCAGGAAGGAGGGAGCUGUUCAGAAAAUCUGUAAGAAUGAUGUCUGUCAGUGUGCCGAAGAAAACUGCAGCCUUCAAAAGAAGGAGAAAAUUCUUGAGGCUCAUCGCAAUACGAAAGCCUGUGAUCCUAAAAUAUAUUACGUUUAUAAAGCUGUCAUUUUGAGAGAACGUGAGGAUGAAUUAACAGUCUAUUACGAUGUGAGGAUUGAACUUGCCCUCAAAACAGGUCCAGAAAUCAACGUGGAGGGUGAGGAGCGUACCUUCUCCUUACAGAUGUCUUGCAAAGAAGCUUUGAAUAUGAAGCGAGGUGAGAGCUAUCUGAUCAUGGGCCUGGCUGAUGAUGUCCAAAUUGUGGGCAGAAUUGGUCAGUAUGCUCUGGGAGAGAGGACGUGGUUGGAGUUCUGGCCCAGUUUGGAGGAGAGCAAGACUAGCGCAGAACUCAAAGAAAAAUAUAACGGAAUGUUGAGUCUCCAGCAGGAUCUGCGCUUCGGCUGCAGCUAAUGAGUCAAAUGCUAGAUUAUUGCUUUGAGAUGCUCAGUGACUAAACGAAACAUUAUAAAACAGAAAAUCAGUCUAGCUUCAUUUUCAACUUUAAAUGUAUGUUACAUAUGAGUUGUGAGUCCAUUUUGACUAUUGCUUUUUUCCUGCAAUUAUCCUGUUAUUCGGUGAUGAAUUAAUGUAUACUUAAGCAGUUGCUACACCACCAUCAUUAAGGUGUUGGGAUAUAUGUAUGUCUAAGCAAAUUUCCAUAAUAAAUAUGGUUAAGCAAUAUCCUCUGUUCUGAUCAUCCCCUUAUUUACUAUUCCAAAAAAAA